CACACACGCGCGCGCACCGUGGAAUCGGUUUCCGGUUCGGAUCUUUCUCCUGUAAAGAAGGGCUUCAUGGCAAUACGGACAAAAUUCACAGACUGAAAUGCCAAAUCCUGCGGCUUGGCUUUCGGUAGACGAUACUCCCGCUUUAACCAGAAAAAUCAGCGCUGGUGGAGGCAACGGCGGGUGGAGCGGAUCAUACCGAAAGCUGGUGCAGCCAGUCGAGUCUUAGCGGAGUCAAAAUGGCGUCUGCGUGCCCACUCAGCGCUCGUCUAAUCCAUCUGUGAUUAUUAGCCUGACAGCUCCGCACAACCACCCGCGACUCGUUUCUGCUGUUUGGGUUUUAACCGCUGAUACAGUCGGAGCGAUUUUUGUUUGUUAGUUUUGUUGUUUUUAGCGCCAUGUCGGACUCGGAGGAGGAGAGCCAGGACAAGCAGCUAAAAAUCGUAGUGGUGGGAGACGGAGCGAGUGGGAAGACAUCACUCGCCACCAGGUUUGCACAGGAGGCCUUUGGGAAGCAGUACAAACAAACCAUUGGCCUGGAUUUCUUUCUGAAGAGAAUUAGCCUUCCAGGCAAUUUGAACGUCACUCUGCAGGUGUGGGACAUAGGAGGUCAAACAUUAGGCGGGAAAAUGCUGGAUAAAUACGUAUAUGGAGCUCAUGGAGUUCUCCUGGUGUACGAUAUCACCAACUACCAGAGCUUUGAGAAUCUAGAGGAUUGGUUCAGCAUGGUCAAGAAGGCCAAUGAGGAAUCUGAUAUUCAGCCAGUUAUCUCCUUGGUAGGCAACAAAAUCGACCUGGAGCACAUGAGGACAGUGAAGUCUGAUAAACACCAGCGCUUCUGCCAAGAGAAUGGCCUCAUCAGUCAGUUUGUAUCAGCCAAAACGGGAGACUCGGUGUACCUUUGUUUCCAGAGAUUGUCUGCUGAGAUUUUGGGUGUAAAACUAAACAAAGCAGAACUAGAGCAGUCACAGAGGAUUGUGAAGGCCGAACUGGUGGACUACCCACAGGACGAAGGCCCAAUUACACAAGAGAACGCCCAAAAAAGCAAAAUAUGUUUGGUUCAAUAGCUGAAACGUGUGGUGAAGGCGGACAUUGUGAACUACAGUCAGGACACCGUGGCCAGGACAGUCAACCCCCCUCGCAGCUCCAUGUGUGUGGUGCAGUGAUCCCUUCUCUGACACACACAAACACACAAAGCUUGUUUACAGUCAGUAUUCUUCUUUUCAGAUUUUUUUUUGGUUGACUGGAUGAAAAGAACAGACCGUGUGAUUUCGAGGCCUUGGCCUGUAGUUUGGAUAUUUAAGAGGAAUAAUUUCAUAGGCGAUUCACCAAAAAGGAUAUGGGACCUCAUUUUUUUCAAGUUUACACGCAGCUAUCCUUUUAUUUCAUCUUAAAAUUAUGUUUAAAAAUGAUUCUUAUGCGAUUAAUUGAGCUAUGCUUGUACAAAGCUGGUUAUUCAGUCUGCUAGUUGAAAAUAAUUUUAUAUGUGAACAUAUUUUCCUCUGCCAUUGCUGUUAGGGACAUUUGUUUUAAACAGUAACAUCUGUUUAUUCUAUGGCUGUUGCAAAGUGGCUUCAAGGAAAGAGUUCAUGGGACAUGAAUAUGGGAAUAUGAAACAAAAUGUGAUUUUCAUUUAUUCCUGUGGUGCUCGACAGUUGAACGGAGGGGAAAUAGGUGUUAAAAUGUUGUAGUGAGUAGAGUGAAAUGAAUCUCUGCUUUCUAUUUGCCAAGAAAGGGCCUCCACUAGCAGUGAUGUGAUGUGAACUAUGUUCUGUUGUUUUGCAUAGAAAUAUUUUAAUUUUCAGUCUUAAAUUAGGAUGUACAUUUUCCACUGUUUAUUCUUCAGAAAAAAAAUGUCUGUUCUCCAAGUGUUGCUUGUAGUCUAUAAUCCAGUUUGAAAAUAUAGUUAUAUAUUUCAGACUACAAAUCAUUUCAUUUUGUUAGAUGCUUUAUUGGUAAAGUGUUAAUGACGUUAGAUGAAUGUGACUGAAGAGGAUCUGAAUAUCAAGCUGAGCUGAAAUAUACAAUAUUUUAGAUUUCUCUACAUAGCCUUUUUUUCGACUGUCCGUUAUAGAACAGAAUUUUGCAUUGGAGGAAUGGCUAUGAUUAAUAAAAGGCUUAAUUUCAACCACCUGGUAUUUAGCUUCUGCGACUGAGAUAUUACCAGUUUUGUCAGAGUAGUUUCGACAUAACAGUCCAUCUGGUCACAAAAAAA